GUUUUCCAAACCACGGUCAUGUCGAACAACGCGGAAAAGGCUACUGUUGUCCCGGAGGAUGAUGAUGAGCCGGAUGAUUGGGAUAAGCGCAUCUUCAGCACUGGCUGCCACACCGAGCAGGACAAGAUGAAUGACUGCUACUUUGCCAAGAAGGACUGGCGCGAAUGUAAAAACGAGAUGGAAGCGUUCCGUGAAUGUUGGAAACGCCAGGGCAAUGACCAGCGAACACAGACCAAAGAUGCUUAAUGCAUAAUGUACUUUAACCAGCCAUUAAAACUUGUUCAAUUAGUCUCUCCGAUUAACCACUGACAUAAUUACCUUUAUGCCUCGAAAUUCAAGCUUUAAGAAAUGUCCG